AGGAGCUUCAACCAUGGGUGGCGGCAGCGUGCUGGGUGGUCACGGCACACUGAUGAGCACGGCGGGCAUGAGCAAUAGUACGGUCGGCGGCGGCGGUAUGUCUGGCAUGGGAGCUCCUCCUGGCAGCUUGUUACAAGGCGGUGGCGCCAAUGGCGGCGCCCCUGGCAAUGUCUAUGGCAAUGUCAACGGUGGCGGUGGUGUGGGUGGUGUGGGUGGUGUAGGCGGCGUUGGAGGUGUUGGUGUGGGCGGCGGCGGCGGUCAGAGCACAGCGCCCGGUUCGGUCAUCGAUUCGCGAGCCGUCUCUGUGGUAGUAACACUGCCCGGCGGACCCGGCUCUCAGCAUCCGGGGCAGGCAUUGAGCGACUACGGUCCCAUAUAGUUAAUGGUACGCCCGGACACCGCGCACUGGGUCUCAACGAGCAGCUUUAGUCAGCUGUAAGAGUGCAGUUUAUUCCCUCUCUCCGAAAAAAAUCUCUCUUCACACUCUCUCUGUCUCUCUCUCACCUGUCACCUGCCACCUGUCACCUGUCACUUUCUCAGAGGUUUAAUCAGCAAUUGCCAUAUUAAUUUUUUGUAGCUGUAGUUUGUUUAGAGAAAGGCGCAAAACAGAUUUUAAACGAUUUGCAUAAGAUUCUAGUCCGUAAACCUUUAAAGCAUAAACGAGUAUGUCAGCAAACGACAAGGGCAAGCAAAGAGAGCACAGCGAGCGCAGAGAGUGGAAAAUGCUCUCUAGCCACUAGUUGAGCGGGAUGGGAGCGAGCCAGGCGCGCAUUUUGUUCUGAAGCGGCUUUACCUUUGGUUCUUUCCAUUAAUUUCUUCAACAAAAUAGACUGAGAAAUCGAUAAACAAAAUUGCAUUCAACAAAUAGAAGUCAAGAAAAAGCAACAAACAAACAAAAUACAAAUACAAAGAGAGCAAAAGCGUUUGCCAACACUGCCAAGUCAGAGCCACGAGCCAUAUUUCGAAAUUACAAGUAACUUUUAAUCAAACUACCUAAACUAUUAACCUUAACCUAAUGCAUAGAGUCACAUUUAAUAUAUAUAUAUACAUAUAUAUUACGAAGAGACACACACACACAGAUACACAUUUCGAAUUCGCUAAGUGCGUUAUGUUUUAGGGUUGUCGCUGCAUCAACAGUGCAGAGAGUGAGCGAGCGAGCGAGCGAGCGCACAGUGUUGCAAAAGCAUUUGUAAAUUAUUUAAAAAUUAAUUUAAGAGCCAGCAUUAUCCAGCACUAAUUUCUUGUAAAUAUUUUCAAAUUGCGCUUAGUUUAUAAACGACUUUUUUGUAACUUAUCCUAAAAACUAAAAGCUAAAAACUAAAUAAUAGUAAUUUGCAUUUUAGCGCUGCAUUUAAGCUCAA